GCUCAAGCAGCUUCCCAUGGGUUUGCCCCAGAGAUGAGUAACUUCUUCGAAGGCAGUCUUGAGGAGAAGCAAUGGGUCACGGACAUGCUGGCGGCGAUGGGGUAUCAGGUGGAAGAGCAAGAUCUCUCCAGCUUUUGCUGUGCUCAGCCCGCCCAAAGGCCCGUGGCCCUGUCCGCCGUCAAGGCGGAUUUGGCGGAGCAGGGCUUGGAGGCCUUCCUCCACAGCGGCGAGAGCCUGACGCUGGAGCCCCGGCAGCGGGAGGCCUUCGGCCGCUUCUGCCGGGCCUUGCUGGAGGAGUCUCAGCGCGCCGCGACUGACAAUGCUCAGGGCAACGACAACGGCGACGGGGACGAAAGAGGAACCGCCGUGGUGGUGCACAACUUCAACGUGGAGCAGGACCUCUACACCGUGAAGCUGCGAGUGAUUUCUGGAAGGCGCUUCGUGGAGUACACCCUACAGCCCGCCCGGCACGCCAAGCUCAUCCUGCCCAAGGAGUGGUCGCGUAUCGACCUGGUAUCUACCUCGAAGACCGAUGAUGUUGUUCCAAUGAAUAAAGUCAUGCGACCAGAAGAGGAUGAAGUGACACAAGGCUCGACGAUCUAUGUCUGCAGCUGGAAAGUUUCGAAGGACGUUGGCUUGAAAGCUGUGGUGGGUCUUCCCGUGGAACUCCCCGAUGCUGACUGCAGCGUGUACCACUACUGUCCUAUCCGCCAAAUCGGCACUUCACUGGACCUAUUUCACGUCUCGCCGGGGGAGCAGGAAUCUGAAGCCCACCGGAAACACUUCCACGACAACUCUGCCAUGGUGGUUGUUCCCGACGGGAGUUCGCAGGUGCAUCUUCGAAGCACCUUCAAGUCUCCAGCCAACGGGGAGAAGUGGCAGGGGGACAGGCAGUUUCCUGCUGAGGACUUCAUAAGCAGACAUGUGUAUGUCCAGACCUACCAAGAUGAUAUCUUCCUCAAGAGAGGAGACAAGUUGGGUGAGGCUCAGAAAUUCGAUGCCGUGAAGGACCUUGCCAAACAUGAAGGCGACCAGAAGGCAAGCAGCGCCGGAUCGGAAGACGGGUUUCAUGUGGUACUACACAAUCUGUCGCCUCAGCAGGAGAAGUUCCGAUUGAAGGUGAAAGUUACCUCUGAUCACAAAACCGCAGAUUUCCAGCUGGACAGUCAUCGUCACACCAUCCUGAAGCUGCCUGAAGGCUCAUCACUUCAGGUGGAGACAGAGCUCGAGAAAGAGCAUUGCAGCCCCUUAAAGGCAUCUGCUGCUUUGGACGCCAAGACCUUGGCAGAAAAUGGCUCCAACGUCUAUUUUUGGACUGAACUGGAUCAUGACAGCGUGACCGAGGAGGAGGAUGAGCUGCUCUGCAAGCUCUGCAUCUUGCUGCUGCUUCCGCCCCUGUUCUGCAUCGCGAUGUUGGUGGUGGGUUUCAAGAUCCGCGCCCGAAGAAGGCAGCGGCCGCUCACGCGGCUCCAUUUCCAGGUCGGACCUCCCACAGCAGGUGCCGCGGGUGCCUCCGGCUCGGUGUGGCACUUCCUGGCCGAAGGCCCUCUGUCGCUGUUCCUCACGUCGGACGCCAAGUGCGGCGGCGCUCUUGCGCCUUUCGAAAGCUGCUCGAUGAGUGCGAGCUCGGGCGCUCCGAAGCUUUUGGCCAUACGGAACCAGCCGGCGAUUCGCUAUUACAAAUUGCCUAUUCCCGAGUUGGAGGAGGAUCGGAUGGAGGUGCAAGCCGAGAAGUUUGGCAACAGUCAUGUCUAUGUCCACCGGGGCUGGGGCGAGGGGAAGAAAGAUUUCGCAAUCCGACCGGGAGCUGCGGUGGAGAAUAGCCCUGCCUUGGAUGCCUUCAAAAGUCUGCGCGCUGUCGCUCCCGAUGUGCAGGUGGUUGAUUUGGAGUCAAACAUGCCCGCUGACAUGGCCUCCAACGUGCCGUCUGACACUCGUCGUGUGAGCCCCGUCUGAGAAGUUUCUGUUGGUUCCGCCAUCCCCAAAGGGGGGUCUAAAAUAUGGCUUCCUGUUCAUUAAAAGAGUCCCAAACAGUCCCUUAACAGAGAAGGGACUCAGCUUGCUGUCACUCGCUUUGCAAGCCCUCUACCGGCCUGACCGGUUUCGGUAGAAACUCAACUCGAGGUGCAUACUGGAUGCUGGGUGUGUCUUAAAUCGAGG